UGGCACUGCAAUAACAACCUCUACUUUGAGCCGCACAGCAGCUUCAAAUGAUACCUUCAACAUCACCAUAGACAAGACCAGCGACUACCAAUGUUUGCGUAUCCCGCGCCCUGCCAAACAAAGUCUAAGCGACGAUCUAUCCAUAAAAUGCAGCACUGCUGUUGAUCGCAUCACCGUUGUUCAUUGUGACAUCGUACCAUCACCAUACCACCACCACCGUUCGCUGCACACAGAAUAUCAGUUUGUGCCAUCCUCAUCUUGCCGCCACCACUACUGCAUAUUGGCGGCAAUGGACUGCCCUCUGCAACCACAGCUAGUUCGACAUCGUGCAGGCCCGGCUCAGCUGUGGCGAUGGGGAUACUGUUGGCGUUGAAUUUGGUUGUUCAUACGAUCUUGGAUCAGUCAUGGAAAUCAAGCGGGGUUUCCGCCAACCGAUGCCUCAUGAUUUUCCCCGUGGCCGAGCGUGGUAUAACCUUGACAAAAACCACCCCUCCCGUGAGUCUUUUGUAUGAGAUCAACCUGCCGGCCACAAAUUCCUGAACCGUUUCGACUGUCAGCGGCUUCCGUUCGUCAUCAUCUUCAGCCAUUCUGACGGGGCUCCGGACGAUGUACGCACGUGGUCGUGUGACUGGAAGCCCUGCUUGAUCUGUUUCAGUGAUGCCAACGAUAGCCACGUCGAGGAUCAUGGGGUGUUCCAGUAAGACCGUCUCAAGUUCUGUGGGUGAAACCUGCCAACCGUUGACUUUCAUCACCUCUUUGAUUCGGCCUUCAUAAAACACUUUAUUGUCGACAACAAAGACACGGUCGCCGGUGCGAUAGUACCCUUCCGAGUCGAAUGCUGCCCGGGUCUCGUCAGGAUUGUCAAGAUACCCGGUAAACAACACGGGCGACUUGACCAGGGCUUCUGCAAGCUUCCCAUCCUGGGAAACCACAGUACCGUUGUCAUCCACCAGCUUCAGCUCGACAUUGGGUAGAAGCCGUCCAACACUUCCGGAGGUGUCCUUUUCGUUCCAGCCGAACAACGUGUGCCAACCUGCCUCAGUUGUACCCCAGCAUUGGGCGACGACGGCAUUUGGUGCUAGGACGUCAUAUAGCUUGGUCUGGACAUUGACUGUCAUCUGCGCACCAGCGCAGAUGAUGUAACGGAGGCUCUCAAGGAGAGAAUGGGCCGCCACAGGCAGCUGGUUCAGCGAGGCAACGAUCGGAGGAACGAGCGGCACGUCCGUGAUGUGGUGAUUGUGCACCGCAUGCAGGAAAUCCUGGAGCACGAACCUCGGCAGAAAGUAGGUCGGGAUCCCCAGACGGAGAGGUAGGAUCAUGGCCAGGGGCGAUGUGAAUGCGUGGAAGACAGGGAGACAAAUAAGCUGUGAAGGCUAUCAAGUGUGUCAGCUCUAAUCCGUCCGACAGUGGGGUCCAUGGACAGGUGAUGUACCUGGUAAGGCCUGGCGUUGAAUUGACACUCCAACAAUGCACUUUGUGCUACAAUUGAACGAUGUGGAACCAUAGCAGCCUUUGGGAGGCCAGUUGUCCCACUGGUCAUGGAAUAUACCGCGAUCCGGUCUUGAUCAGCUUGAGCAUCAUCGAAGGACCCAUGCCAAUCGCUUUCUCCGUUUAGCAGCAGUGUCUGCCAGUCCCGAAUUUCCUGCAAAGGUGCCCCCUCCGGCAGGCCAACGACGAAGAUAUUGCAUUGAGGCACACCGCAUUCCGAAGCAGCUUGCAUGAUUGGAUGGACACAGCUGCCUUGGACAAAAAUUAACUUUGGCUUGGUGAGUUGGAAAUGCCGGACAAGCUCGGAAGCAUUGUAGGCAGGAUUGGUUCCAGAAACGCAAGCGCCGGUCCCGAUUAUCCCUAACCAAAUCAACGGGUACCAGAUCUAUCAGAUGGCCCCAGAUGGCCCAGGUUAGCCGGGUUACACAAUAGCUUGUGGAACUUGGGAGCUAGCGGCAGCCCUGUCCGAACGACUCGCACCAGAGGUGUACUCACGUUGUUGAAUGCAUGUAGGCACACACAAUCCCCCUCUUUCAACCCCAGCUCUUUCAGGCCUUUGAUCAGACGACGAACGACAUGCAGUGCUCGCAGGGCUGAGAUGGAUCUUGACGGGUCUGUUGCAUCGAUGAAAAUCUGCAAUAUGGCAACUUAGUCAGCUUCUAUCCGACCGUGACAAGUUCACGCAGCUUACCGGCUGGUCAUUGUCAUAUCGACCAAGAUUAGCGAAUGCAAAAGUCAGGAUAUCUGUGAUCGGAAUCGGCGUCGACUUGCUCGGCUUCCAGACUGCAUGAGGGGGAGCCGACGACGUGGGCAAAGACAUUGUGUAACCUGGGCUCCUUCGAGACAGCUGCCAGAAGUGUAUGGCUGGACAGGUGGGCGGCUGCAGGUCAGGUAAGACAGAGAAUGCAGGGAACACGCCUUUGUGAGGCCGGAUGCUAAGGAACCACGGAUCAAGUGUAGGUAUUUGUGAGAGGAGACGGGUCGGAUGGAUGUGGGAAGAAAGAAAGCCACAGUAGCAGGUGGGUGAAAUCAGCGAAGGCUAUGAGGCAGUACGGGUAAAGACUGAGCUAUUGGAGUGAGCAAGGUAUGUCCCUCAGUUGUUGACUGAAGCAGUAAGGAUGUGGUGGUGGUGAAGAACUGGAACAUGACUACAAUGAGAGUCAGUACUAGACUCUACUGCUGCCAUGUCAGCUGCCCAGGUGUGCAAACAGACUGCCUCACUAGUGCUGGCGGUGCAGUGCCAGUGGUCCCAGUUGGAAAUGGUAGGUAGCCACCACUCAACUGCCCUGCGCGCCAUGCACUGCAGUGCAGCAACCUGAAUGUCACUGGCAGCAUACUACUACUACUAUUACUGAAACUGGCCUCGGCCGUGGUUCAACUUCAGGCUGCGGGUGCAGGCAGAGAAGCAGAGCCUUACAACUCCUGGGGGUGGUAGAUAGUACGAGGUAAGGCAGCCUGAGGGCGAGCUGAGACAAUGCGAGCGGGCAGCUUGAUGGCGAAUCUCGACUCGAGCGGAGACUGCUCCCUGCUAUUCCUGCUGCGGUUCUUGCUCGAUUUCGAAUUCGAUGUCGGCCCCGUUCACUGCAAUCGGCUUCGAGUUGAGGCUGCGGGCGGCUGGAACCUGUUGUUCUGACAGCGGCUAACAUUAGUCAAGUCGGCCAUCCCGGCCAGAAUAUGAUACUCCAGCAAGAUCAGAAUGAGGAUAGGUAUACCUCUGGGUCUCAAGCACCUCAGCUGUGGCUCCCAAUCAAUUGGCCACCGCUGGCAGAGGCCAGGAUGGACUGUGCGAAGCGGGCCUGCCGCUCAUGACAAUAUGAUGAUGCUCGCGUCCGCAUAUCAUAUGAGGUUCUGAUUGACCGCAUUCAGCCAUUCAAGAGUAUCGAUUCACUGCAUGGACAGAUAUAGAAGAGGGGAGGAGCAGGGUGGAAAGCGCAGUUACCUGCAAUGAGGUCCACGGUACUAGUACUAUAUCAUUUCUUCUUGCCUGCUACUCCCACUGCACUGGCACCUGGUACGGUGCCAUUCACUACCUACCAGUGCAGUGCACGUUCAACUUGAAGUUCCUCAAAUGGUCGAGUGACGACCACUACGACUGCCCUACUCUUCCUACACCGGCAACACCUCAUCCCAUCAUUAACUCGAGUUCUCACACCUUCACUGUCUUUGUGUCUCCCGCCUUCUUUCGCACACUCGCUGCAGCUGCGGUAUUUCGCUUGCCUUCGAAUCAGUUGCCAGUGCUGCUGGCUCAUUUUCUGUCAUCCUUCGGCUUCGGCUGCAUGAUUUCUCAUUGCCCACGUUUUCGAGUCACCCUCAGCUGCCUUUGCUGCAUUUUCUUCGCCUCCUCUUCCGGUCACCACGACUACCUCUUCUCGUUGCCUCCGACCCCUCUUCUCCAUUCGGCAUCUCCUAUGUAAUAUCCUCCAUCGAUCGCUAUUCUGUCCUCGAGUUCCUGUCCGCGUUGACCUCCCCUCGCCGUCGACCGAGAAUAAACCAAAAUUCCUUGCUGCGCACUCUCAGUUCCUGGAGGACACGAGCAAAGUUACACUUGGCGGACAGCGCCUUUGACACCAGGCAGUUAAUUCUCUUUCAGUUGAGGGAAGAACUGUCAUCUUAAGCCCAGCAUGUCGCUGACUACGUUGCCUCUCGGCUCUGGAGCCCGUUGCAUCACCGCUGAGCCUACCGCUGUGCCAUACAAUCCAGAACCAGCAGUCAAUUCCACAGCCAAUGUUCUCAAGCAUACUUUACCCGGUGAUCUUGGAUGCCAUCCUCGCUUCUCUGAGAGCACAGAGCGAGAGAAUGCCUUCCCGGGCCCUGCGGACCCAGAUUCAGCAAGAGGCAAGCAAGUACAAGCUGAUGCGUCCUCGGCCAGAAGUGCCUCAUCUCUUGUGCUCGAGAAACAUCCGAUCCCCGAGAUAGCAAUGGAAGACAAGAAGUACAACCGCGUACUAAGGAAUCUGCGUUGGACGAUCCUUUCUGUCUACCGCCGCCUCAACUUGAUGGUCUUAGCUGCCAAUGUCAUUGCCAUGAUUGUACUCGCUGUUCGGCAUGAACUCAUUUCCAUGUCACCCGAGUCUGCGGCUACAGCUGUGUCGAUCAACUUGACUGUCGCGGUUCUGAUUCGACAGGAGAUGGUCAUCAACGCACUCUUUUGGACGUUCGGUAAAUGUCCCAAAUGGCUCCCUUUAUCUAUUCGUCGGAUGGCUGCCAAGAUAUAUCACCUUGGUGGCGUUCACAGCGGUGCAGGGAUGUCGGCAGUCCUUUGGUUUGCUUUCUUCAACAUUGCCAUUGUCCGGGUUUUACGUGACAGGGCAGUCCACACGCAUCAGACUGUCAUUCCAGUCAUCACUGUCAUCCUUGACAUCUUGCUGCUUUCCAUCAUUGUCACCGCUCACCCUGCUGUUCGCACAAGGAUGCACAACAUGUUCGAGAUGGUGCAUCGCUUCGGAGGAUGGACGGCCGUCGCUCUGUUCUGGAUCCAGUUCGGGCUGCUUGCUGAUGAACGGGGCCACGACCCAGCGGCCAAUGUUAGCCUCCAAGAGGCUAUUGCAUACAGUCCUGUAUUCUGGACUCUGGUCGUGACCACGGUUUCCCUUGCUCUCCCUUGGGUUUGGCUCAGAAAGGUCCCAGUCCAUGCAGAACCUCUAUCUGACCAUGCAGUUCGUCUCCACUUCACACAUACCAACCUUCCUCUCUGUGCCGCCCCUCGAAUCUCGGACAGCCCACUCGUGGAAUGGCAUGCAUUUGCAGGCAUUCCAGAAGAAGAUGGCCAGGGGUUUUCUGUGCUUGUCUCAAAAGCUGGCGACUGGACUUCACGACUUAUCAAAUCCCCGCCAACUAAGCUGUGGGUCCGAGGAAUACCUGCCAUGGGUGUCCUCCAUGUGGCUCCCAUCUUUAAGAGGAUGGUCCUGGUUGCCACAGGCUCCGGUAUAGGCCCUAUAUUGUCGCUCUUGUGCAAGGGAGAUGUAUCCUGUCGCAUAUUAUGGUCGACUCCAGACCCUGAGGUCACGUAUUCGACCUCAGUGAUUGAGCAUGUCCGUCGUGCCGAUCCUGAAGCCAUCAUCAUCAACACCACUGCUGCCGGGCGACCUAACCUCGUCAGGCUGACCUACGAGAUGUAUGUCUCGUCCGGCGCAGAGGCUGUGUUUAUCAUUUCCAACCCCAGGGUCACGAGAAACGUGGUGUAUGCUCUUGAAUCCCGCGGAGUCCCAAUCUUCGCACCAAUCUUUGACUCUUGACUUGAUGCAACUGGCAAGGAUUCCACUUGUCCGAACCUUUGUGUACAUAUGUGUACCUCAUUCAAAUGUAACCUCCGGCUGAGAUUAUUGAGUUACUCCCCUCGGCGUGCAAUUGCUCUCUCGACAUUGCAACUGUAUUUCGAAGGCUACUUAUGGAGCUUCUGAGGAGCAGGGCACGCGGUGGCGGCCGGCCGGGGGCAAAAAGUGGCGUUGUACGGUCGGGUCAUGCGGCACAAAAUUGCUGGAGAGGGAACCUGAGAUCACGAUGCGACAUGGUAUCCCAGCACGUCUUAUCGCAGCAGUGGAAGUAGCUAGCCGGGCAUGAACAAGUAGAUGUAAUAUUAAUUGACCACAAGAAGAAAAGUUGCUUUAAAAACC